AUGCGUUUUUUCAUAUUUUUCUUCGUCGUUUUUAUUUGUAAGAAAGGAAAUGGAUCGAUAUACCAAUGUAAUGCAAAUGCUUUGUGUGAAUGUUCAACACCAGUUACUCUUGUAUCACGUAUUAUUGGUGGUGAAACUGCAGGUUCACAAUCUUGGCCAUGGGCUGUUUCUCUUGGUUUUAAAGGAGAACACUUUUGUGGAGGAUCAAUUCUUUCACCAUCAUUCAUUAUUACUGCUGCUCAUUGUUUUAAUGAAGUAAUUGAUUUAAAAAAUAUCACUAUUCUUGCUGGAUCUCUACAUCUAAAAUCCACAUCAAAUGAUUCAGCUCAAAUUCGUUCCAUUGCUCGAAUCUACAAACAUCCAAAUUAUAAUUCUUUGACGUACGAAAACGACUUAACUCUUAUUCGUUUGUCUAGUCCAUUAAAUAUGAGACAUGGAAAUAUCAAAUCAAUCUGUUUGCCAUCUGGUACUGUUCCUCAACCAUCAGAUAAUAUUAAUAUGACCGCUGUAAGUUGGGGUACAAGAUCAACGUCGAUAGUUAGACCUUCUUCAACUCUUCAGCAAGUUACACUGAAAUCCAUAGAAAGUACAUUCAGUGAAUGUGAAAACCUUAUUUCUGAUAGUAAACUCCAAUUUUGUGCUGGAGUACUAACUGGUGACAAAGAUACUUGUAAAGGUGAUAGUGGUGGACCGCUAAUGGCAUUUGUUAAUAAUCUUUGGUAUCUUUAUGGUAUCACAUCUUUGGGAGGUGGAUUAGAAUGUGCAUCAUCUGGUAAUCCAGCAGUCUACACUCGAGUUAGUUGCUAUUUGUUCGAUAUUUUAAGUUAUAUAUAG